AGCUCCUGUGGCCAACUUUCUCCCGCGGCAAUUCCGAUUCCUUCGACGAGCGAUUUCUUCUUUGGUUUCUUUGGCCUUCGACUGAAUUACAUUAGCCUCCCGGGGGAAUCAUCCCUCGUGUCACUCCUUCGUCGCGAUGACCUCGCUCGCUCGGCUGGUCACCAGAGCCCUUCUUGUCCUGGGCCUCGUGGGCUUAUCGCAUGCGACCAUCCUCAGCUCGGCGCAGGACGGGGACGAGGCGGCCGUCCUUCAGUACCUCCAGAAUGGGAAUGACCCGGAUGUGAUGUCUGACAAAAACCGGACCAUGCUAAUGUUCGCAGCCAUUGAGGGCCACGCGAAUAUCAUCACGAUCUUGUUGCAAUACAAUGCCUCCCUCGACCUCGUGGAUGCCAACGGGAGGACGGCCGUAAUGUUUGCGGCAAGAAGCGGUCAUUCUCAAGUGGUCGAUCUCCUUAUCAGUGGCGGCGCCUCUCUCGAUAUACAGGAUAAAGACUUGAGGACUGCCCUUAUAUUGGCUGCAAUGGCCAAUCAAACUGAUACAGUGCGUGCUUUGCUGCAAGGCGGGGCCGACGCAGACAUUACGGAUUUUAAAGACCUGAAAGCCAUAAACCACGCUGCGAGACGAGACCGUGUGGAUAUCGUGUGUCUCCUGAAAGACUACACGACACUCAGCCCAUCUUACGCCUUCGGAGGAGUGGCAGGGAAGUGCUUCUUGAACGGCACUGUUUACUUCGUUGGAAAUGAAACGUUCAACGGCGUCGAGUUAGUAAGAUGCGUCGACACCUGCGUUUGGGAGACAAGUAAGUAAAUGUAAUGCUCUUCGUACUCUUCUGCGUCGUUU